GGAGGGCGCUGUCCCCGCCCGCUACUCGGCCGCCCGGGCGCUGGGACCCGGCGGCGGCUCCUCACGCAGCGGUGCCGCCCCCGCCGGCGUUCUCUGCGCCUGCUCCAGCGCCGCCGCCCGGCACCGGCACCGGCAUCUGACGGCGCGGUAUCGGUCUGGGGGCGCUGCUCCGCCGGGGUCUCGCCGUCCUCGGGGCCCGCUCCGGCUCCCCUCGGCGCCUCUGCUCGCUGCCAGCCAUGGACGGGGACAGGGUGGAGAUAGACGGCGGGAUCAUGGAGGGGGGCGGGCAGAUCCUGCGCGUGUCCACGGCCCUGAGCUGCCUGCUGGGCCUGCCGCUGAGGGUGCGCCGGAUCCGCGCCGGGAGGAGCCAGCCCGGCCUCAGACCUCAGCAUCUGUCUGGAUUGGAGAUCGUUCGAGAUUUAUGUGAAGGGAAGCUGGAGGGUGGAGAAAUUGGUUCAACAGAAAUAACCUUCACUCCUGGGAAGAUCAAAGGUGGAACCCACGUAGCAGAUACAAAAACAGCAGGGAGCGUAUGUCUACUGAUGCAGGUAGCAAUGCCCUGCGUGCUGUUCGCUGCUUCCCCAUCAGAACUUCAUUUUAAAGGUGGGACCAAUGCUGAGAUGGCUCCUCAGAUAGACUACACAGUCAUGGUUUUCAAGCCAAUAGUUGAAAAGUUCAAUUUCACAUUUAAUUGUGACAUAAAAAAGAGGGGCUACUAUCCUCAGGGAGGUGGUGAAGUUGUAGUCCAGAUGUCACCAGUCAAAGAGUUGAGUGCAAUAAACUUAACAGAACGUGGCACCGUGACAAAGAUAUAUGGAAGAGCGUUUGUUGCUGGAGCGCUGCCUAUAAAACUGGCAAAAGACAUGUCAGCAGCAGCAGUAAGAUGCAUCAGAAAAGAAAUCAGAGAUCUUUAUAUUAACAUUCAGCCUGUUCGAGAACCUGAUGACCAAGCCUUUGGGACUGGAAGUGGAAUAAUCAUUGUUGCAGAGACAUCAACAGGUUGUUUGUUAGCUGGGUCGUCACUUGGCAAGAGAGGAAAAAAUUCUGACAAGGUUGGCAUUGAAGCAGCUGAGAUACUGCUGAAGAAUCUUAAACAUGGUGGAGCUGUGGAUGAUUCUUUACAAGACCAACUGAUCAUUUUUAUGGCACUAGCAAAGGGGGUGUCUAGAGUGAAAAGUGGACCAAUUACACUUCAUACACAAACUGCUAUACACUUUGCAGAACAGCUAACAAAGGCCAAAUUUACUGUGACAAAAUCAGAAGAGGAAGAUCCCAGUAAAGAUACCUACAUCAUUGAGUGCCAAGGAAUGGGGAUGAUAAACUCAAACUUAUAGGGUUAAAAAACAACAACAAAAAAGCAAUCUAGCAAAAGCAAAGCAAACUCAACAUACCUCAGUGAUGCAUUGCACUACAUUUCAAUAGAUGUUUAAUAUGCAUGUGAACAGGAGGAUCCCUCUGUCACAUCUAAUUGGUUUGGUUUAAGUUCAAAGAUGAUAUCAAGUUUUCCCUUGGUGUGCUGAGAAUCUGUGGUGCAAAAAAUUGAAACUUUACUUUUUUUUUAUUAUUUUUUUUUUCUAUUAUCAGCAAAAUGAGUACAGACAGGACAGCAAACAAUACAGUGUAUGUACUUGGGCAUCCAAGAGCAUCAAUUAGAAGCACUAAGAAUUCAGAUUCACCAAAGCAGAAAAUAACUGUGUCAGUUUUGGGGAAAAAAAUACCUAGAUGAUACAUUCUUUCCACUUUAGCACAUGUACGUUUUAUUCUUUGAGAUCCUUAUGUUACGAGGAGCGUGGAAUGAAGUGUACCAUCAAGUCCGUAUCUCUGUUCUGCCUUAACUAUUUUGCUUAAAUCAUGUAUGAGGAAAUAAAAAAAGCAAUAGCACCAAA